CCCCGGGUGAUGCGCUUGACUUCCUCCAAAUCAAUAUGGUCGGCUCUGUGCUGAACACAACCCUGAGAUAUACAAUAGCGCUGACUACACUUGCCUCGUUAGACUGUGCGGAUGGACUUUCUGCACUAAUCAAGCACUGCGAACAAACGCUCACUCCAGAUGAUAUGGUCAAGUUUGUUGAUUACUCACUCCGAGCCCUUGUAAAACUAACUCCGGCUAUAGGGGCGCCCAAGAUUGUCAGUGCUGCUAGCAUCAUCCACGACUCUGUUAACGAUACUAUAAAAUCCAGGCUCAGCAAAGAUCGCUUUCGCCCUGACAACGACAACGACUACAACGCCAUUACUGAGCGUGGCAAGUCAUUUCUUAACACCCUAGGCGGGGACAAGAACUCGAUCGUAUUGGCAAAGGCCAUAGAAAUAUGCCCAGAGCUCAGGUGCGUAGUACAGACCGAUGUUUAUGGCCGCUUCCUUAGUAAUGAAGCUAUACUGCCGCUGAAAGAAACUGAGCUGUGCGUUUACGCAUCUGCUGUUGCGCUAGAGAUUCUAGUGCUUGGCGUUGCGCACAAAAGGGGUGCAAUAGCUUUUGGAGCCACUCUGGAAGAGGUCGAGGCAGCGGAAAACCUUGGCAAGUUAGCAAGAACGUUUAUCAAAUAGUUUUUCUAUAUAGUUUGUA